UUUCCAUAGGUUUUGUAAGGGUUUUUGAUGCAUAGAGGUAACCUUCACUAAAAAUCAAGUUAAGAAGUAAUCAAGUCAAGUCAGUUGUGUUUGAGCGGUUUCUGUGAUUGACUAUUUUGCCUGGUGCAUCUUCAGCCAGCGUUCCCUCUGAAAUCUGUGAUCGACUCUUCAGGUCUGUUGGUUUUCAAGAUGGCGCCGCUCGCAUCUUCCACACGUGAAUUGUUCACUGAAGCAGUUCGGGCUGUUUUGGAAACGUGGCCGGUGCUGCAAAUCGCGGUCGAUAAUGGUUUCGGUGGCGCGUACAGUCAGCAGAAAGCGGAGUGGAUGGUGGACGCGCUGCGGCAGUAUUUCAUCGACAACGAUGAGCUGCAGCAGGAUGAAGUGGAGGAUUUCAUCUCAGACCUGAUGAACAAUGAGUUUGACACGGUGGUGGAUGAUGGCAGCUUGCCGCAGGUGGCGCAGCAGGUGUGUGAGAUGUUCCAGCAGUGUCAGCAGGACAGACUGACGGAGGUCAGAGAGCAGAUCAAGCAGCUGAUUCAGAAGAAGAGCGCGGGGAGAGCGAAGGCCACACCUGCAGCUGCUGCUGAUGAGAGUCAAGAUGAAGUAGUCAACAGUAGUCAACAUUUGAAGCUAUGGAGUGUGAUGGAGGGGCAGACGGAGCUUCAGUCAACGGUGCAGCAGUGAAGGAGCAGCAUCUUCCUCCUCAGGCUGCCAGUCACGAGGAAGAGGAUGAUGGCUGGACGGUUGUACGCAGGAAAAAGUGACUGGACUUGCAGUAUUAAGACUGAUGAAUUUCUUAAUCUAAAAGACUUUUUAAGGGCUUCUCUGUCUCUCCAGCUCUGGAUACUUCUGCAUUUGCAACCGCAACAAACCCACAGAAUGGGGCGUCUGACUGAUGUUAAAACACGGAUAGAUUACCUCACUGGACCUCUUUCAUGGGUUUCGUUCAACACAAAGUCUAAGGAAAUUCAUUUGUGUAUGCUUUGUAACUGGUCUGGUCUUUCGUGCAUAUACAAAUAUGUAUAUACAUUUUUAUGGUCUAACCGUGACACUGAUUCUCUCUCUUUGACUUCCUGUAACCCUUAUUUAUAUCUUGUAGGUUAAUGCCUGCAAUGGUCCUUUAUCGCCCUCUUGUGUCAUUUCAGUAUCACAGCAACAGUAAAAUGCAGUGCUGGAUUUUACAACUAUUUAGUGUUUUGCGUUUUUUCAAAAAUAGCAUAAGGAUAUGCUAAACUAGUCAAUGGAAGAAAAAUAAAACAUAAUGCAUGUUUGGAACAAUAAACUGCCAAAAUU